AAAAUUAACUUAUACAAAUUACAUAUAACCUAUUUUACAGACAUGACAAAAUCUUUAUGGAGUAGUGUAAUUCUAACCCUGGCCUUUUUGUUUGGUGUUGCCUAUGCCUAUAAUGGUCAUGUGUGUAGUAUUAAUGUUCAGGUUCAAUCAGGUUCACAUCAUGUUUAUAAGCCAGUAACUGUGUCUUACCAAAAAUAUUCUUGGUUAUACGGCUAUCAAACUAAAUACAGAACAGAAUUUAGAUGGAUUGCAGAGCCACGCUAUAGAAACGAUCAAAAAUACGUAUGUUGCAAUGGAUACGAUGGGCCAAUAGACAAUUGUCAACCAAAAUGCUCGAAUGGAUGUUCUGGAAAUCGACUAUGUGCGGCUUCAGAAAUAUGUGACUGUAAGCCCAACUAUGAAGGUGAUGAUUGCCAUCCUAUUUGUGCUGACUGUGGCAAGUACGAAUACUGCAAAGAACCGGGGCAAUGUGCCUGCAACGAAGGUUACAGUAGGAUAAACGACUCUGGUAGUUGUGUUCCCGAUUGCUCGAAAGGAUGUGGUGACCACAGCUUCUGUUCCGAGCCAGAGAUUUGCCAGUGUGAAGUGGGAUACGCCAAAACUAUUGAAUCCGACUUCUGUUUGCCUGUGUGUGAAACCGAUUGCGGCGAGAACAGUUCCUGUACAGAACCCAAUAUUUGCUCCUGCAACGAGAAUUAUGCAGAUGUUGGUAAUGGCCAAUGUCAACCAGUUUGUGAGCCCAAGUGUGAGAAGCACAGCCAGUGUGUAAGUCCCAAUAGUUGCCAGUGCUUAGAGGGGUAUUCUAAUCAGGCAAAUAGCACCUCUUGUCAACCCAUUUGCCCUAAUAGUUGUCCUGAGCAUAGCUUCUGCAUCGAACCGAAUCGAUGUGAAUGCGAUUCGGGCUACAUCAAGGAUGGAGAACUUUGCCAACCCCAUUGCCCGAGUAAGUGUCCGGAUUAUGCACAAUGCACCGGACCCAAUGUUUGUGAAUGUUUUCCCGGCUAUGAGAAAAUAGAUGAGAGUGGCAAAUGUGGGCCCAAGUGUGAUGAAGGAUGUCCAUUAAAUUCCAUAUGCACCAACCCUGGGACGUGCCGUUGCAAGAUUGGUUACCUUAUGAGUCCCAACAAUAUCUGUGAUCCUCAAUGUUCGAGGCACUGCUUAAAUGGGCAUUGCAGUGCGCCAGAGACUUGUGUCUGUAGUGAGGGAUAUAGCUUCAGGAAUAACUCGCAAGAUAUAUGCGAUCCAAUUUGUAAGAAUUGCAAAAACGGAGAUUGUCUGGCACCAGAUAUUUGCGUCUGCCAUUUAGGAUAUAGGCCCGAUUACUCCACUGGCUAUCUAAACUGUCUGCCCAGCUGUGAGCAGUGUGUAAAUGGCAUUUGCACUGGACCUGAGGAGUGUACGUGUCUAGAUGGUUUUACAAUGUCAGCGACACCCAAUCUCUGUGAGCCCAAGUGUACUCAAGGCUGCGAGAAUGGCAAAUGUGUGGCACCGGAGAUCUGUGAAUGUUCAUUGGGCUACAUAAAGUCUCCACUAGGCUGUGAAAUGGAAACAACAACUGAGUUAACUUUCAGCACUGACUCAUCUUCCGCUACCUUUAAUUUAGAUCUUACCACCACCCAAACCAUUAUUCGCGCCCCACCAAACUGUGAAGCAGAUUGCAAAUGUUGGACAAGCCAUGAUAAUCUAGAUAAGGUGAGAACUGAUAAGUGUGUUAAGACCUGCCUAGAUGAUCAUGACCAACCUUGCUUAGAUUUGAAUCGAUGUCAGUGCAAUCAAUCGAAUAGUUCAAUACUCUGUGAUGCAGAAGACAGCGAUGACAAAUUGCAAUACAUUUGUGCCAUCAAGAUGCCAGUUGAGAAAUCUCUAAAAGUUGAGUCUCAGAAAAAAACAGUUUCAUCACAUUGGUUAUCUAUUUUUGGUAUUCUCUGUGGUAUUAUCAUGACAACGGGUCUAAUUGGCGCUCUUAUAUAUUACAAGAGUAAAGUAAAUAUUGCUGGCGAUGCCAUUUAUGUGGAUGUUGAAUAAGUAGUUGAUAGCGAUGUUGUUGUAUUUUAGAAUAAAGCUAUCCGCUGUUGCCAACUAAUGUAAAUUGUUAUUUCUAUGCAUAAAUGGAACUUGGAUUUAUUUCAGUUUAUCACGAACUUGACCUCCAGUUGGUUGCAUUAAAAAAGCCUUUUAUUCUUGAUAUCUCUCAAAAUUGUAAUCUCUCGCUCAGGCUAUUUGUAUAAGUUUAAAAAGAAAAGAAACCCACAAUAACAGGAAAUCUCAUUUACCCAUUUAAUGUUUUAAUCUAAGCCAACUAACUACAU